ACAAGUGCAUGCAUUGCGAGCAAAGAAGAAGGGCGCCAUGGAUCCUGGUCAAGCACUCUCAUCAGGGGCCUCUGAAUUGAGACCAGUCUCUGCAGCCCCGGCUGCGUCCGGCCCAGCAAUUUCUGUGGAAGGACAAAGCCCGAGCAGCGAAGCGGCACUCCCAGAGUCAUUCAGUGCAGGCAGCGCUGAAUUGAGCUCCUCGGAUCAGUCAGAAAGCGGUUUGGCUAAAUCUGAAUCAGAAAAGCUACAUGCUGGCAAGACCAGACCUAAAGUUGCUCUUCCCAAGGCAGUCUCUGGUCAGAAAGAAGGAUCAAAUAAAGGAACAACUCUACUGGAUGCUGGGGCACAAGCCUUUGGUUCGGUGCGUGCGGUUGUUGCAAAGAACCUGGCCGCAUUGCAAGCGACGAGGGACGCGGAGAAGAAAGUGCCGAAUCAGACAGCAAAAGCUGAGCCCUCGUUGACAACCACACAUUCUACACAGUCUACAGAAUCUGAGCUAAAAGGUCACGCAACAGAGGGCAAGAGCAUGACAUCCAGCGAUGCAAGUGAGAAGCAGAGCUUUGGCAGCGGGCUCAAUUUCGCGUCCUUGGGAAGCAGGUUCCAGAGCCUGAAGCAGACGGCUGUGAAGGCUGUGAGCCAGCCGGUGCGGCACCUGGUGUCUCAGAAUAAGCGACGGUACAUGGACGGAGAGUACGACCUAGACCUCUCUUACAUCACCGAGAACAUCAUAGCAAUGGGCUUUCCUGCGGGGGACCUCAGCUCGGGCCUGUUUGGAUAUGUCGAGGGCUUCUACCGGAAUCACAUGGAGGAGGUUGUCCGCUUCUUGGAUGCUCAUCAUAAGGGCAAGUGCAAGAUCUUCAACCUGUGCUCCGAACGCCUGUAUGACAGCGCACUAUUUGAGGGCCUCGUCGCAUGCUUCCCCUUCGACGACCACAAUUGCCCGCCCCUCCCCCUGCUCAAGACGUUCUGCGACAGCGCGUACGACUGGCUCAAGCGGGACAUGAACAACAUGGUCGUCGUGCACUGCAAGGCCGGCAAGAGCCGCACGGGCCUCAUGAUAUGCUGCCUGCUGCUUUAUCUGAAGCUCUUUGACUCGGCGGACGAGGCCAUCAAGUUCUACAACUCCAAGCGCUGCACUGACAACCUGGGCCUGACACUACCCAGUCAGAUUCGCUACGUGCACUACUUCGAGAGCAUCCUGCGCAAUGGUGGGGACACACCGGCGCCGGAGGCGCGGAUCCUACGGGGGAUCCGGCUGCACAAGUGUCCCUACUGGAUCCGGCCUGCAAUAAGCGUCCUCGAUCACGACGGGGUCAUUUUUUCCACCAAGAAGCACCCCCGCACCAAGGACCUGGCCACCGACGACCUCUGGCACAAGGCCCCCCGGAAAGGCGUCAUGGUCUUCGCGCUUCCGGGGGAGCGGUGCGUUGCUGACCUCAGCGGGGACUUCAAGGUCUUGUUUCAUGAUCGACACGGCGACUUCUACUGCUGGCUGAACACGAGCAUGAUUGGAACGAGGCAGUUCCUGGAAGCGAAGGAUCUGGACUGGUUCGAUAAGAGGCGGCUGCCCUCGCCCGGUUUCCAAGUCGAGGUCGUCGUCCUCGACCCCGCGACCCAGGCCGCCCGCGCCGAAAGCAACGCGGCCGCGACCACGUCGGAACCGGACGCUCCCGAACCGCUCGCGCCGCGAAGGCUGGACGGUCCGACGGGCUUCGGGACACUGACCGGUUCGGCGAGAGGGGGGCCGGGCGAAGGAACGAAUGCGGAGGCGGAAAAGGGGUCGAGUAAGGGGUCCGGGAAAGGGGGUCGGCUGAAGACGACGAAGGAACGGGAGGAGGAUGAGGUGUUUGGGGAGAGCGAGGAAGAGCCCAGUCCGCGGAUAGCAGCUACCAGCGUCCCCGCGCAUGCCCCACCCCUGGGCACUUUGACAGCACACUUGACUGAGCGGGGUGCAACCCCGUCCAGUGCGGUUGCGGAGGCCCCAAGCCAGAGCGUCCGAGAAACACCGCCCGAGAAGCCUGGGAGCGCACUUGGGACUCUCCCACGACCAGCACCACCAACCGAUGCUGCGACUCCUAGUGCCACGGAGCCCAGCAGUAGUGUCAAGACUGCAUCCGAUAGUGGGCCUUCGACUGCCGGACCGCCAGCCCCGCAGGAAGCGGCGAAUGGAGUUACAUCCGUCGUGCCCACGUCUAACCUGCACCAUGCAAGCCCAGCUCAGUCCUCCGCCCCAAAGGUAGGAGCAAGCGCAGAUAGUGCGGCCGCUGUAGAUACGUCAGCUAGCAAGGACAGGAAGGGAGACGCGGGUAGUAGUACACAAGCAGAGGUCUCCAAAUCUGACAUCAGAGAACCGCUAGGCUCGUCAGGGGCCGCGAGUGUCAAGCCGUCAGUUGCGAGUUCACUGUUGGCGGACGACUGGGAAGCCGACGUGUUUGGAGCCGAGGACGCAAGUAUAAGCAGAGCGCCCGCUGCAAGUGGAGGACUGGAUCCUGGAAAGACGGGGGCUGCUGCGCUUUCUAGCGACUUUGCCAAGAUGGCCGUUGCAGGGUCGGCGAAUGCUUCUGAGUUUACUUUAGGAGACGAUGAUGACUUCGAUAGCGAUGAAGGAUUCUGAGCAUGGUACGUAAAAGUUGAGGGCCCUGAACGGUCGAUUGCGGAGCAUUCGGUCGGGAAUAUAUUCCCGGCCCCAAAACAAUGUCCUCUUUGAUCACGUGUAAAGCUUUAUUUCUGCACCCUUGCACCAGCCGCAGCUGCUGGUAGAUACUAUAUUGAAGGG